UUUUCUCUUGAGAAAAGAGAAAAGUUGCAAGAUGGACUUGGACUUCCCACUCUCCUCCGCCUCCGACGACGAUGCCGGCGACACACCCACACCACCCGGCCGCGCCAUCUGCCACGCCGGCUGCGGCCGCCCGUCCCGCGUCUGCCUCUGCCCGCACAUGCCCCACACCCCGCUCCACACAUCCACCACCGUCGUCGUCCUCCACCACCCCCACGCCCUCCACCGCAACCCGCUCUCCACCCUCCCCCUCCUCGCCCGCUGCCUCGCCAACCUCCACCUCCUCCCCGGACGCCGCCUCCGCCCCUCCUCCACCCAACUCAUCCCCCCUCCCUCCCCGAAUCCCGUCCUCCUCCUCUUCCCCUCACCCGCCGCCUCCGACCUCACCUCCUGGUGCCGCUCCACGCCUCCCUCCGUCCGCUCCAACCCCAUCCUCCUCCUCCUCGAUGGCACCUGGAAGCAGGCCAAGGAGAUGCACGCCGCCAGCCUCCCGUUCAUCUCCUCGUUCGCCAUCCCCGUCUCCCUGCCCGUAGAUAGCGGCGUGGACGGGGACAGCAUGUUCGAGUCGGAGCUCGUGGUGAAGAAGGAGCCGCAUAAGGGGUGCCUGAGCACGAUGGAGGCAGUCGCAAGGGCGCUGCGGCUGCUUGAGCCGGAGGGAAGCGGUGCGCAGAUCGAGGAGCCGAUGAUCAGGGUUCUCAGGGCGAUGGUGGCCUUCCAGUCCGAUCAUCUGCAGCACCGUACCAUGAAGCCGAGAGUGAAGCUGAGGAAGAAGAAAGAUAUCAAGAGGGAGCAGGAGAUGAAGAGGAAUGCCUGAUUGUUGUGACUGAAUUUCUGCAGAUUUGCGUUCCCUCUAUUGUUGUUGCGUCACCCCAGAGGCCAUCACUGUCAGUCAUCAAGAUAGCGAACCACUCAUGCCAAGUGGUUUAAAGGCUUAAAUUGUCACUGCUUGGACUAUCUUGGUGUAGUUUUUCUGAAGACCUUAAUGCUCAUGGAGACAGACAUGAACUAGAACUCAAUAAGGAUGAUAUUUAAGGGUCCACCAUGAAAAGGUAUCAUCUGCCCAAAGGAACUUCUGUAGACCAAUGAUAACUUAAAAACUUUUUACACUCUAGAAUGCAAGUUCUCCAAGGGGCUUUGAGCGUCAGCAUCUGCGGGUCCUCCAAGGGGCUUAGAACUCAACAAGGAUGAUAUUUAAGGGUCCACCAUGAAAAGGUAUCAUCUACCCAAAGGAACUUCUGUAGAGUGUAGACCAAUGAUAACUUAAAAACCUUUUACACUCUAGAAUGCAAGUUCUCCAAGGGGCUUUGAGCGUCAGCAUCUGCGGUUUCUACUGGGUAGAGCUGGGUUUUGAAAAGAAAAAUCUUUCUAAACACACCAGUUAUCUCCAUGGGGCUGUGGCUCUGUCCUUUAUCCAGACUGCACGCUCUCUCUGAUUUCAUGGAUUGCAUCCCUGCAUCGUCCGGCAUUGGCCCUAGCCCCCAUGAUGUACUCCUGGGAAGUUUUGCUCCUUAGACCGCAUUAAGAAAUACUCCCUCCGUCCCAAAAUUCUUGUCUUAGAUUUGUCUAGAUAUGAAUGUAUCUAGUCACGUUUUAGUAUUUAGAUACAUCCAUUUAUAUACAAAGUUAAGACAAGAAUUUUGGGACGGAGGGAGUAUAAGAAUGAGCCUGCCAUCUGUGGGCGGGUGCUAGAAGUGAAUUAUGAGAGUUGUACCAAGUCAGCGACAAUUAAUAUGGACUACUCCCUCUGUAAACAGAGGGAGUACAUGCUAAGCACUUUA